GUAGAAUGAACUUUCUUUUAUCCCGAAGAAAUGGACGCUGCCGUCUUUAACUUUUCAGUUUUCACCUCCUCCUAGUCUCGUAGCGGUAGAGCCGUAGAGUCGUAGACAGAUUGGCUUGGAUUGGAUUGGAUUGGAUCGGUUGGCUUCAAAUAACAUUCGGUGAUUAUUUGCAGCUAACGAUAAGCACGCCUUGGUCUCAGUUCCUAUCCAUAAAUCUAGCAGACCACGGGCUGUGUUUUGCCCCCACCGGGCAACUUGGCUAUUGUUGUUCUACGUGAUUGUGACCACCGCCAGCUUUAAUUCCUGGCAAUCAUGCAGGUAUGCUAAUUAACCCGGUGAUCUCCGGCCAUCCGAGAAAGGGCUGAUUUGGUCUCAUGUCUCCUUCGCCGCAAUCUAAAGAAGAUAGAACGGUCAGAGGCUCACAGUGGGGGCAUGAUGAGAUAAAGCAGCAACCACCAGCACAAAGAUCAGCUUCAUUCCAUGGAAGAACUUCGGGUGCCUCACCAAAACCACGUCUAUCCCGGAGGCCAAAGACCCAGCCUGACCUUUUCUCUGGAGCUAGGACUACGACAAAGCUGAGCGAAGAUGGCGGCCCAAGAAACCCAAAUUACAGUAACCGCGGUAGUUGGGGACAGAGGGUGCCGGCGAAGGUGCUGUUAAACGUAACGUGUCAGGGGAGCCUGGCAACAUUGCUGGUUAUGUCAUCCACAGAGUGGACUGUGGCUGAUCUAGUGGCUCACGUGCUGCAUCUCUAUGUCAAAGAAGCGAGGCGCCCGCCGCUGUCCACCACUGACCCCUCUGCUUUCGGUCUCCAUUAUUCCCAGUUCAGCCUUGACUGUCUAAAUCCGAACGAGAAGCUUAUCGAGUUGGGAUCCAGGCAUUUCUUUCUCUGCCCGAAGCCUGCCGCUCCCAGAUCUCCUUCAACGAUUACCGGCACCUCUGCCUCCACCUCCUCCUCGUGCUCGAACGAAAGUCAGGCGACGCCCAAAAUUGGCGUCCCAUGGCUCAAGUUCAUUGAAUCCUUCUUCUGAAUAAUUAAUUAUUCAAGUUGCUUGUUCCACUUGUUUUAUCAAACCACUGUCACUCUGUGCCGUUUAUUAUCAAUUGUAUUUGUGUAUACACCCUUCUCUUGAUUUUUCAAUAAUGACUUCCGUGUGGCCA